AUGCUGAUGCUAUUUACGAGAGUCUCAAAGCUGGUCAUGCGCUUGGGGGCGGAUGGCAUGCAGAUGCUGGCAUUCGUCAAACAGUUCCGAAAUUUCGGUGAAGACUUCUUUGACCUCUUCGGGGACGUCGGCGAGUACGAGGCAAACAGACUUAAAGAGAAUAACGGAGCUUGGAAGAAGGCAUCUGAUCUCAAGGGUGAGUUCGGAGGUGCUGGGGAGUUUAUCAAGCUCGUAGCUUUGUGGGGUGAGAUGAACCUUUAA